AUUUCUAUACGUAUACAUAUAUAUGUAAAUCCUCAAGUGCUCUUUCUACACACAAAAGAAUCCACCACGUGCUCUUCUCUUAGAUGUAUGAGGUGGACCUCUUUUUUUCCUUCUUCUCCAAACAAACAACUCUCUAUUUAUACCCCAAUUUUCUCUCCUUUAAUCCAAACCAAAACUAAACUCUUUCUUUCUUUCUCUCAAUACAACAAACUUCUUUUCUUUUCUUUCUCUCUAUCUCCAAACACCCAAAACAAAAACUUACUCAUAAAAGAAAAAAAAACACAGCCAUGUCUACUCCUUCAUUGGCUCCCAACUCUAGUAGUUGGGUUGGAACCAAAUUAAGUACUCAUAAUAAUCUCUACUCAUCAAAAAAGUCCAUUUCUUUAUUAACAAAGAAGAAACCCAUUAUAACAAGUGCUUCUGUUCUUCAUUUCCCUAAACAAAUCACAAUUUCAAAAGAUGAAAACAACAACAAAACCAACCCAACAACAACAACAACUCCUCAUUGGAAUUUCCUACAAAGAGCCGCCGCCGUGGCAUUUGACGUGGCAGAAGGCGCGUUAGUUGCACGCGAACGCCAACACCCACUUCCAAAGACAGCCGAUCCACGUGUACAAAUCUCCGGAAACUUUGCUCCCGUACCUGAACAACCCGUUAAACAAUCCUUAAAUGUUACCGGAACUAUACCCAAUUGCAUUAACGGCGUUUACUUAAGAAACGGAGCUAACCCACUUUUUGAACCAAUUGCCGGUCAUCAUUUCUUUGACGGUGACGGAAUGGUUCACGCCGUUACUAUCAAUGGCGGUGAAGCUUCAGCUAGUUACGCUUGCCGAUUUACUGAAACUCAGAGACUUGUUCAAGAACGAGACCUCGGUCGCUCUGUUUUCCCUAAAGCCAUCGGAGAACUCCAUGGACAUUCUGGUAUUGCUCGUCUCUUUCUUUUCUAUGCUCGUGGACUUUUUGGACUCGUUGACCGUAGUCAUGGUACCGGAGUUGCUAACGCCGGUCUUGUUUACUUCAACGAUCGGUUACUUGCUAUGUCGGAAGAUGAUCUUCCUUACCAAGUUAGAAUCACUUCUUCCGGUGAUCUCGAAACUGUUGGAAGAUACGAUUUUGAUGAACAACUCUGUUCCGCCAUGAUUGCUCAUCCUAAGCUUGACCCAGUUUCAGGGGAGCUUUUUGCUCUUAGUUACGACGUCGUUCAGAAACCUUACCUUAAAUACUUUAAAUUCUCACCCAAUGGGGAAAAAUCCCCCGACGUGGAAAUAUCUCUUCCGGUUCCGACCAUGAUUCACGAUUUCGCCAUUACUGAGAAUUUUGUCGUGAUCCCAGAUCAGCAGGUGGUUUUCAAGUUGGGAGAAAUGGUCAGAGGUGGGUCCCCUGUUGUCUUCGACGGUGAGAAGAAAUCCCGGUUUGGGAUUCUGUCCAAAACCGCAGAAGACGCGUCGGAAAUGAUCUGGGUCGAGUCGCCGGAAACUUUCUGCUUCCAUCUCUGGAACGCGUGGGAAGAGCCGGAGACAGACGAGGUCGUGGUGAUCGGGUCUUGCAUGACUCCACCGGAUUCGAUCUUCAACGAGUGCGACGAGAGCUUGAAGAGCGUUCUCUCCGAAAUAAGGAUUAACUUGAAGACGCGUGUCUCCACGCGCCGCCCUAUAAUCGCUAACGUUGACGAAGAAGUGAAUUUGGAAGCCGGAAUGGUGAAUCGGAAUAGGCUUGGGAGAAAAACCCGGUUUGCUUACCUCGCCAUUGCUGAGCCGUGGCCGAAGGUUUCUGGUUUCGCUAAGGUUGAUCUCUCUACCGGCGAUGUGAAAAAGUAUUACUACGGUGACCGGAAAUUCGGCGGCGAACCGUUUUUUUUGCCGAAUUCGGAAAGUAAUGAAGGAGAAGAAGAUGAGGGUUAUAUAAUGGCGUUUGUUCACAACGAAAGGAGUGGGAAAUCAGAGCUACAGAUUGUGAACGCCAUUGAUUUAAAGAUGGAAGCUUCAGUUAAACUCCCGUCGAGAGUUCCGUACGGAUUUCAUGGAACAUUUGUCGACGCAAAAAACUUGGCUCACCAAAAGUGAUGACGAGGGUGAAAAUGAAAAGUUUUUGGGUUUUGGGGUGAUUUUGGUAAAUAAGGAAAAAGUUGGGUAAAUUUUUAAAUUAAGGAGAAUUAUUUUACCAGAGGGAUGGUAGUAUGAGAAAAAGGGUCCCCGGGAAUUAUUCUCUUAAGAAUAUAUUUUAGAACAAAUUAAGAUUUUAUUAGUUUAAUUAAGUUGUGAUUAGAGAAACCAAACUUGUAGCUUUUUGGACAGUAAUUAAGCUCAGUUGGUUUCUGUUUAUAUUUCUGUAAUUUUAAAUAUAUGAAUAGAGAGAAUUAAUUUUCAUCUACAUAAA